CGCCGCGGCGGUGACAGACGCCAUUUUAUUUUGAAAAUCAAACUGAACUGGAGGCGCUGCAACCCUUCCAUUUCAUCAAGUUUGUUGUGGGGAAACUAGAAGGAAUGACGAUCUGAUUUGCUUUACUGGAAGCACGAUGCUGUCCAUUGUUUUAAACUGAAGGAUUCUACCUGCUAGCACUGGGAGCCACUGAUCGGAGCACACAUUUGGAAGCCAACAUUUGUCGCACCUUUUGGGGGGGGGGAGCAGAAGUGACCUAUCACUGAAGUGACUAAAGGGGAAUAAUGGUGAUUUUGCGCCGCGCUCGGCUGCCUGCUUCCGCCCCAACCAGCAAUGAAUCUUGACUCGCUCUCGCUGGCUUUGUCUCAAAUCAGCUAUCUGGUGGACAAUUUAACGAAGAAAAACUACCGAGCCAGCCAGCAAGAAAUACAGCAUAUUGUAAAUCGUCACGGUCCUGAGGCAGACAGGCAUUUACUACGCUGUCUCUUCUCCCAUGUGGAUUUCAGUGGCGAUGGUAAAAGCAGUGGCAAGGACUUUCACCAGACACAGUUUCUGAUUCAGGAGUGUGUGUCGCUGAUAUCAAAGGCAAACUUUAUCUCUACUCUCUGUUACGCCAUCGACAAUCCCCUGCACUACCAGAAGAGUUUGAAGCCAUCUGCCCACCUCUUUACUCAGCUGAGUAAAGUACUGAAACUCAGCAAGGUCCAAGAGGUAAUUUUUGGCCUUGCCCUGCUCAACUCCAGCAACACAGAUCUGCGGGGAUUUGCUGCUCAGUUCAUCAAGCAGAAACUUCCCGAUCUUCUGCGGUCAUACGUUGACGCAGAUCUCGGAGGAAACCAAGAAGGUGGCUUCCAAGACAUUCCCAUAGAGGUGUUGCACCUGCUGCUCUCCCAUCUACUGUUUGGACAGAAGGGAGCCAGUGGGGUAGGGCAGGAGCAGAUUGACGCCUUCCUCAAGACACUUUGUCGAGAUUUCCCCCAGGAGCGCUGUCCUGUGGUGCUCGCACCACUGCUGUACCCUGAAAAACGGGACAUUCCCAUGGACAGGAUCUUACCAGACUCCGGGGAGUUAGCUAAGACCAUCAUGGAGAGUUCCCUCGCAGACUUCAUUCAGGAAGUUGGAUAUGGCUUUUGUGCCAGUCUGGAUGAAUGCAGAAACAUAAUCCACCAGUAUGGGGUGAGAGAGGUGACAGCCAGCCAGGUAGCCAGGGUUCUGGGAAUGAUGGCUCGUACCCACUCCGGCCUAUCUGAUGGUAUCCCUCUGCAGUCCAUCUCUGCUCCUGGAAGUGGAAUUUGGAGCGAUGGUAAGGACAAGAACGACGGCUCACAGGCACAUACGUGGAACGUGGAGGUUCUCAUUGACAUCGUCAAAGAAGUUAAUCCCAACUUGAACUUCAAAGAGGUGACGUAUGAACUGGACCACCCGGGCUUUCUAAUCCGGGACAGCAAAGGCCUGCAGAUCGUGGUGUAUGGGAUCCAACGAGGGCUGGGGAUGGAGGUCUUCCCUGUUGACCUGUUUUACCGGCCGUGGAAACACGCUGAAGGACAGCUGUCGUUUAUUCAGCACUCCCUGAUGAACCCUGAUGUCUUCUGCUUUGCUGACUACCCCUGUCACACCGUGGUCAUUGACCUCCUUAAAGCUCCACCUGAGGAUGACAACAGGGAGAUUGCUACAUGGAAAAGUCUGGACUUGGUGGAGAGUCUUCUGAGACUGUCUGAGGUUGGGCAAUACGAACAGGUGAAGCAGCUCUUCAGCUUCCCAAUCAAGCACUGCCCGGACAUGUUGGUGUUGGCACUACUGCAGAUCUCCAUCUCAUGGCAUUCGUUACGCAAUGAGCUCAUUUCUACCCUCAUGCCUAUCUUUCUUGGCAACCACCCCAACUCUGCCAUCAUCCUGCACUAUGCCUGGCACGGACAGGGACAGUCUCCUUCCAUUCGUCAGCUGAUUAUGCAUUCAAUGGCUGAGUGGUACAUGAGAGGGGAGCAGUAUGACCAGGCCAAGCUGUCUCGCAUCCUGGAUGUGGCCCAGGACCUAAAGUCUCUAUCGAUGCUGCUGAAUGGUACUCCAUUUGCAUUUGUCAUUGACCUCGCUGCACUUGCCUCUCGCCGUGAAUACCUCAAACUUGAUAAAUGGCUGACAGACAAAAUCCGGGAGCAUGGGGAGCCGUUUAUUCAGGCAUGUGUUACCUUUCUGAAAAGACGUUGCCCAUCCAUCAUGGGAGGUCUGGCUCCCGACAAGGACCAGCCCAAAAGUGCCCAGCUGCCCCCGGAGACUUUAGCCACCAUGCUUGCCUGUUUGCAGUCAUGUGCUGGGAGUGUAUCCCAGGAGUUGUCCGAGACAAUCCUCACUAUGGUUGCAAAUCGUAGCAAUGUGAUGAAUAAAGCUCGGCAGCCUCCACCUGGAGUGAUGCCAAAAGGGCGCGCUCCCAGCACCAGCAGCCUGGAUGCCAUCUCUCCUGUACAGAUGGACACCCUGACCGGCAUAAACUCCUUGAAUCUUGGUAGCACCGCCACUUCCCACUCUCAGAGCAUGCAGUGCUUCGCCACCUCGUUGAGCUCGGCUCUCAGUAAUCCUCUGUCCCCCUCAAAGGCCUUCCCACCACUUCCAAACCCUAACCCCAGCACACCUUUUGGGGUUCAUAGCAGUAUCAGUUCGCAGCUUCCUGGUAUGGACACUGGUAUCAGCUCCAGCAUCGGCUCCAGCCUGGGAAUGCCGUCAGUAAGCACGGAUCCUUUUGGUACUCGGAAGAUGAGCACACCUGGCUUGAACCCUCCUACCUUUCAGCAGACGGAUCUUUCUCAGGUGUGGCCAGAGGCUAACCAGCACUUUAGUAAGGAGAUUGACGAUGAAGCAAAUAGUUACUUCCAGCGUAUCUACAACCACCCACCUCACCCGACCAUGUCUGUCGACGAAGUACUGGAAAUGCUUCAGAGGUUUAAGGACUCAACCAUCAAGCGAGAACGAGAAGUGUUCAAUUGCAUGCUUCGAAACUUAUUUGAGGAGUACAGAUUCUUCCCUCAGUACCCGGACAAAGAGCUGCACAUCACUGCGUGCCUCUUCGGUGGCAUUAUUGAAAAGGGUCUCGUCACCUACAUGGCUCUGGGUCUGGCCCUGCGAUACGUUCUUGAAGCCUUACGAAAACCGUUUGGAUCCAAAAUGUAUUAUUUUGGAAUUGCUGCACUGGAUAGAUUCAAAAACAGACUUAAAGACUACCCUCAAUAUUGUCAACACCUGGCCUCAAUUGCUCACUUCUUGCAGUUUCCUCACCAUUUACAAGAGUGUGUGCAGUAUAUCGAGUAUGGCCAACAGUCACGUGACCCUCCGGUGAAGAUGCAGGGAUCCAUCACUACACCAGGAAGUGUCGCUCUGGCCCAGGUUCAGGCCCAGACCCAGCAGCCUCCCAGCCUCAAAGCCCCACCGCCAGGCCAGCCCAGCACCCUGGUCACCACCACCACCACCACAACCACCGCAGCCAAAACGGGCACCAUUUCAAGGCCCACAGCCAGCACCUUUAAGAAGGAUAUGCCCCCCUCCAUAAACACUACCAACAUCGACACGCUGCUGGUUGCCACCGAUCAAACGGAACGGAUAGUAGAACCUCCAGAGAACGUCCAGGAGAAGAUUGCUUUUAUCUUCAACAACCUUUCUCAGUCCAACAUGACGCAGAAGGUUGAGGAGUUGAAGGAAACCGUGAAAGAAGAGUUUAUGCCCUGGGUGUCUCAGUACCUGGUGAUGAAGCGUGUCAGCAUUGAGCCCAACUUUCACAGUCUCUAUUCCAACUUUUUGGACACACUCAAGAACCCAGAGUUUGUCAAGAUGGUUCUCACUGAAACCUACAGAAAUAUUAAGGUGCUCCUAACCUCUGACAAGGCAGCUGCUAACUUCUCUGAUCGCUCCCUACUGAAGAACCUCGGCCACUGGUUGGGAAUGAUUACACUGGCCAAAAACAAGCCUAUCCUCUACACAGAUCUGGAACUCAAGUCUCUGUUACUAGAAGCCUACGUUAAAGGCCAGCAGGAGCUCCUUUAUGUGGUUCCCUUUGUUGCUAAAGUCUUGGAGUCCAGUCUACGGAGCAUGGUCUUCAGGCCUCAGAACCCUUGGACCAUGGCCAUUAUGAAUGUUCUCGCUGAGCUCCAUCAGGAACAUGACCUCAAGCUAAAUUUAAAGUUUGAGAUCGAAGUUCUGUGCAAGAACUUGUCGCUGGACAUAAACGAGCUGAAACCAGGGAACCUGCUGAAGGACAAAGACAAGCUGAAGAACCUGGAGGAGCAGCUGUCUGCACCAAAGAAAGAAGCAAAGCCACCGGAAGAGAUCCUGCCGCCAUCUACCACAGGAGACUUUGUUCCAUUUCCAGCUCCUCCAUCAACCCCAGCUGCUACCACCACCACAUGCACCACCACUGGGCCUCCGACUCCACAGUUCAGCUACCAUGACAUCAACGUGUACGCCCUGGCAGGCCUGGCUCCACAUAUCAAUAUAAAUGUCAACGUUGCUCUGCUGCAGGCUCAUCCUCAGCUGAAACAAUGCGUGCGUCAGUCUGUGGAGCGAGCGGUCCAGGAGCUCGUGCACCCCGUGGUGGACCGCUCCAUCAAAAUCGCAAUGACCACAUGCGAGCAGAUCAUCAGGAAGGAUUUUGCCCUGGACUCGGAGGAGUCUCGCAUGCGUGUGGCUGCCCACCACAUGAUGAGAAACCUGACCGCCGGCAUGGCCAUGAUCACGUGCCGUGAGCCGCUGCUGAUGAGCAUAGCCACCAACCUGAAGAACAGCUUCGCCGCUGCACUGAGGGCACCAACCCCACAACAGAGAGAAAUGAUGGAGGAGGCUGCAGCCAGGAUUGCUCAGGACAACUGUGAACUGGCUUGUUGCUUCAUUCAGAAAACUGCUGUGGAGAAAGCCGGCCCUGAAAUGGACAAGAGACUAGCAACGGAGUUUGAACUGAGGAAGCAUGCACGCCAGGAGGGACGUCGCUACUGUGAUCCUGUCGUCCUGACCUACCAGGCUGAGCGGAUGCCCGAACAGAUCAGACUCAAGGUGGGAGGAGUGGACCCUAAACAGCUCGCUGUUUAUGAAGAGUUUGCGAGGAACAUUCCAGGUUUCUUACCAAGCAACGAUCUCUCCCAGCCCACUGGCUUCUUGGCUCAGCCCAUGAAGCAACAGGCCUGGGCCACAGAUGACGUGGCUCAGAUCUACGACAAGUGCAUCACCGACUUGGAGCAGCAUCUUCAUGCCAUUCCUCCAGCUCUCGCCAUGAAUCCGCUCACCCAAGGUCUGCGAAACCUACUGGAAGCGGUGGCUUUGGCGCGAAACUCCAGGGAUGGCAUUGCUGCACUUGGCCUCCUGCAGAAGGCUGUUGAAGGCCUCCUGGAUGCCACCAGUGGGGCUGAUGCUGACUUGCUGCUUCGCUACCGAGAGUGCCACCUGCUGGUGCUGAAAGCCCUGCAGGAUGGCCGGGCCUAUGGACCACAGUGGUGCAAUAAGCAGAUUACCAGGUGUUUGAUUGAAUGUCGGGAUGAGUACAAAUAUAACGUGGAAGCAGUGGAGCUUCUGAUUAGGAACCAUCUGGUGAACAUGCAGCAGUACGACGUGCACCUGGCACAGUCGAUGGAAAAUGGACUGCACUACAUGGCGGUGGCAUUCGCAAUGCAGCUGGUGAAACUGCUGCUGGUGGACGAACGCAGCGUGGGCCACGUCACCGAAGCGGACCUCUUCCAGACCAUUGAGAUCCUGAUGAGAACCUGUGCGCACUCCAGAGCCAACGCACCAGAGGGGCUCGCCCAGCUGAUGGACGUUGUUCGCUCCAAUUAUGAAGCCAUGCUUGACCGGGCCCACGGCGGACCCAACUUCAUGAUGCACUCUGGGAUCUCGCAGGCUUCAGAAUACGAUGAUCCUCCAGGCCUGCGGGAGAAGGCAGAGUACCUCCUGAGAGAGUGGGUCAAUCUGUAUCACUCAGCGGCAGCUGGCAGGGACAGCACCAAAGCUUUCUCUGCCUUCGUCGGCCAGAUGCACCAGCAGGGCAUCCUGAAGACCGACGACCUGAUCACGCGCUUCUUCCGGCUGUGCACAGAAAUGUGCGUGGAGAUCAGCUACCGCGCACAGGCCGAGCAGCAGCACAACCCGACGGCCAGCGUCGCCAUCAUCAGAGCCAAAUGUUACCACAACCUGGAUGCCUUCGUCAGGCUCAUAGCCCUGCUGGUGAAGCACUCAGGAGAGGCCACCAACACCGUGACGAAGAUCAACCUCCUCAACAAGGUCCUGGGCAUCGUUGUCGGCGUGCUGAUCCAGGACCACGACGGUCGUCACACGGAUUUCCAGCAGCUGCCAUACCAUCGUAUUUUCAUCAUGCUGCUGUUGGAGCUCAACGCGCCCGAACACGUCCUGGAGACCAUCAACUUCCAGACGCUCACUGCCUUCUGCAACACGUUCCACAUCCUGAGACCCACCAAAGCUCCUGGCUUUGUGUACGCCUGGCUGGAACUGAUCUCCCAUCGCAUCUUCAUUGCCAGGAUGCUGGCACACACGCCCCAGCAGAAGGGCUGGCCCAUGUACGCACAGCUGCUGAUUGACCUCUUCAAGUAUCUGGCCCCCUUCCUGAGGAAUGUAGAGCUCAACAAACCUAUGCAAAUUCUCUACAAGGGCACACUGCGGGUGCUUCUGGUCCUGCUGCACGACUUCCCAGAAUUCCUCUGUGAUUACCAUUAUGGCUUCUGUGACGUUAUCCCACCCAACUGCAUUCAGCUGCGCAACCUCAUCCUCAGUGCCUUCCCACGCAACAUGAGGCUUCCAGACCCCUUCACACCCAACUUGAAGGUGGACAUGCUCAGUGAGAUCAACAUCGCUCCCCGUAUCCUCACCAACUUCACAGGCGUCAUGCCGUCGCAGUUCAAGAAGGAUCUGGACUCCUACCUGAAGACGCGCUCACCUGUGACUUUCCUGUCUGAGCUGCGCAGCAACCUGCAGGUGUCGAACGAACCAGGAAACCGCUACAACAUCCAGCUGAUCAAUGCUUUAGUGUUGUAUGUCGGCACACAGGCCAUCGCUCACAUCCACAACAAGGGCAGCACCCCGUCCAUGAGCACCAUAACCCACUCUGCACACAUGGACAUCUUCCAGAACCUGGCUGUGGACCUGGAUACUGAAGGCCGGUACCUGUUCCUGAACGCGAUCGCCAACCAGCUGCGCUACCCGAACAGCCACACCCACUACUUCAGCUGCACCAUGCUCUACCUGUUCGCCGAGGCCAACACCGAGGCCAUCCAGGAGCAGAUCACCAGGGUUCUGUUGGAGAGGCUAAUCGUGAACAGGCCGCACCCGUGGGGGCUCCUCAUCACUUUCAUCGAGCUGAUCAAGAACCCCGCCUUCAAGUUCUGGAGUCACGACUUUGUGCACUGUGCGCCCGAGAUCGAGAAGUUGUUCCAGUCUGUGGCCCAGUGCUGCAUGGGACAGAAGCAAGCCCAGCAGGUGAUGGAGGGCACCGGUGCCAGCUAACUGUGCCAGAGAGACGCCGUGGCCUUCACUCAUGCCGCCGCCACACACCCAGCUCCCAAUUCACUGGAUAAACUGGCAACCACAGUUUCUUUUUUUGUUUUUGUUUUUUCUAAUAAAUGUGGCCGGAAGGACUACUCUUCAUGGAUCUUAGGAGUUUCGUUUUUUUCCCUUCGGGGUGGAGGGAACGGGAGGAGGAGAAGAAAAAAAAAUGCUGUUUUUAAAAAAUGCUUCUUUUGUUGUAAAUAUUGAAGAAAAAAAAGAAAAAAAAAAAAGGGAGAGCGUGGAAGUGGACGAAUAAAUGGCAGUUGACAUGUCCGCCGCCACGUACCGUUGACGUGUGAAGACACCUGAACAUAGAACUCACUACCAAAGUCCUUGGUUUGCUUCCCUCCCACACAGAUCCUAAGUUGUGACUUUUUUGUUUUGCUUUCUGAGGCUGAAUGGUUGACAAUUGAAGAGAAAAAGCUGCCUGCUACUUUGAUUUGAUUCUUUUGAUUUAUUUUUAAUUUUUUUGAGUGGGACUGAAAGUUGUGGUCAAGUCUCUCAGGAUUGAUGGUGGAGACUGGUUGCUGAUGGUUUGUCCAUUUCAAACUGGUUCUGGAGGUCUCUCCCUGGCACUUGUAUAAAAUGUGCAAAGUGAUAAUAACAUCGUAAAUGACAACUUGUACAAAGUUCUGAACUGAAGAACAAUAGAAGGACCAAUACAGCCCAUUUUGUAACAUUUUGAAUGUUUUGUAAAUGUAUUGGUCCGUGUGUUGUAUUUUGUAGUUCUUUCUAGUUUGCCUUUAGUUCUUGCUACUUUAACUGCAGUAUGCAUAAAUAAAUGAGACGACGCAUUCAA